CCUUACUCUCGGUGCCAUACAGGCCCAGCUCCACAUCGAUACAAAGCCGUAAACUCCAAAGGGGCUCGAAGACUAUAAAACCGCCAAAAUGUCAAUGUUCCGUUCACGAACAAGGUCUGGAGGUGUUCGCCCAGCUCCCACAUACCCCCCAUCGACCACCACCACCAGUCCACCGCCAGACGCACAAGAAACAACCAGGAAGGGCAAACUCACCUUUUCCGACGUCGCAAGCAUGUUUAUUCGUCUCCGCCGAUUCUCGCUACGAGCUGGAGUCAGACCGACCCCACGGAUGACUGCCGAGCCAGCCAGCGACGACCAGGUCGAAAUCGCACCGGUUCCAUCGACACCCACCAGGCGGUCACACUCGAGAGGCCUGUCACUCACCAAGUCUCGCUCCAACACGCAUGCGUUCCCGAUGGCCCAAUCCCCGACUUCAGGGUCCUCCACCGUUAUCCCAAUGUCCUCCCCACCGACGUCGCCCACACGUCUAAAAGUGCGCAAACUCAGCGGUGGAAUGCCAUACGCCAGACCCAGCCCAAAACCACUCAAAGCCAAGCCUCAUCACCUCGUCUCGACCUCUGGAGAGAGACCUAUCACCCACCCGGGUCUUGUCCCUCUUGUCCAGGACGCCUCUGAAGAAGAGGAGACGCUCCAGGUUGUGUGCCAGGACUACUACGAGUGUGCUGGAGGUGUCAACGUCGCCACUCUCCUCCGAGCCACCAGGGCUAGCAUUAUGGAGAAAGUCUCGCAAAUGCCGAACGCAAACGUACUUGUGGAGGAACAAUGGCAGAGCACUAUUUGCGGACCAAAAAACGGAAUCUACCGCGUCCAGAUUCGAUACGCAGCUACUCCACGCCUCGCUUCGAAGCCUGAUCCUCGACGACCGGUCGCGUUGGACAAGGUCCAGAACAUCCCUGGGUUGAUGACCAUCUUGAAGAGGAACGAAAUCUGA